CCACAACUCCCAUCCUGCCAGCUGUUGCAUCCCCGGGUUUCAACAACGAUCGCCUUCGGGGCCUCCGUGGUUCUCCUAUAUUAUUCCAUCCGACGGCCGACGUUUCACCCUCAUCCUGCGCCGCCGCAAAAUCUCCCCGAGUUCGGUCAACUCAUUCGAACCGCCGCCCGCAUCGACCUCACCGACCCCCGACCGUCUGCGAUCGCCCAUCCGUGCAGCCAUGUUCCCUGCCCCGUCACGCUGAUUUGACGCUCAAUUGACUUCCGUGAUAUACAUACAUCCAGCAGCAUAUGAUUAUAGUCCCCCCCGCCUCGUGCCAGUCCCGCCGCCGCCAUUGCCAGCCAUGCUGUUCUUCCGCGGCGGAGUUAACAGUCCGCGCCGGCGCAACCAAGAAAAAGCAAUCUUCUGCACCAUUCUCAUCAUCUACGCUCUAUACUUCCUCUUCUUCGCUGGGAGCUCCGAUCCCAAACGGUCAGAGACAUCUGCUGAGGAUGCGGUGAAGGGAGGUCCGCAUCGGGACUCGCGGUCGGGGAAGGCUUCCCCGUCCGCCUCGGCUUCGCGACAGCCUCAGGCCUUGGACAAGGACAUGGUGGUGGCUAGUAUGAAGGGAGACGAUGUCUCAUGGCUGUACACAUACUUUCCUGAGUGGCAUAAAAGUAUCUACGUGGCGGACGACAAGAAAGCGCCGUUGACGGUGGCUUUGAAUAAGGGGAGGGAAUCGAUGGUGUAUCUGACAUACAUAAUUGAUAAUUACGACAAUCUUCCCGACUCGAUCCUAUUCAUCCAUUCCCAACGAUACCAAUGGCACAAUGACGACCCUUACUACGAUGGUGUGCCCGUUCUUCGCAACUUCCAGGUCCCAUAUCUCCAAAAACAAGGCUACGUGAAUCUGCGCUGCGCCUGGGUCCUGGGUUGUCCGGCGGAGAUUCAUCCCCUCAGUGAUACGCAUCGCAACGACGUCCACGCAGGAGAAUAUUUCAAGACAGGAUUCAUGGAACUGUUUCCCGGGGCGGAGGUCCCUGAAGAAGUGGGGGUUUCAUGCUGCGCGCAAUUCGCCGUCACACGCUGGAAGAUCCGCGAGCGGCCGAAGAGUGACUAUGUGCGGUACCGCAAAUGGUUGGCUGAGACGACGUUACCCGAUGAUCUUAGUGGACGAAUCAUGGAAUACUCAUGGCACAUGAUCUUCGGCAAGGGCCCCGUCUACUGUCCCACGGCAGAAGAAUGCUACUGCAAGGUAUUCGGACUAUGCAAUUUGGAUUGUCCGACGGAGGGAGAUUGCGCUGGCCGCUAUGUUCUCCCGCCAUACUCUUCUCUUCCCAAGGGAUGGCCGUAUAUCGGCUGGAAGGGUCAGAAGCAGGACCCUAGCAAGGGACUCCCGGAGGCUUGAUCUAUACCUGUAGUCUCACAAGUCAGAUGAGAUGUUCAAGUAUAAGAUGUUGCGACUAGGGGUAAACACUGCUCACUGAGGUCAAAACCGGGACUCACUACAAGCAUGAUGAAUGCUGUAAUAGGAUCAGAGCGGCAGCACAUCUGGCAAAACAGGUGGAGCAUCAGCGUCGCGUAUCUCUCUCUCCCAGUGGAACCAGAUCUCAACUCCACCGCUGCCAGACACAGUUUGGCACACCUAAAACAGGCAUAUGGCAUAUAACUAACCUACUAUGUAUUGACAUCUUUGAUGAGCGAACGCUGUCACUGAAAAAACUACCGAUGUAUUAUAAACAACACGAUUUCCCUUCUCAUGUGAAGUAAUAACUACCUGCCAAAUAUACC